UGAACUUACACCAUUAUGGUCACCAUGUAUUGGUAUUGAUCUAAUAGAUCUUAUCAAUAAAUCAAUAAAUCGAAUUCAAAAUGAUCAAAAUUUAAUCAAUAAAUUAUCUGAAUUAAAUUUUGGUAAAUUUUAUCCUGGUGAAUGUAUUACACGUAAAUUAGUAGUCUAUAAUAAUGGAAAAUAUAAAUUUGAUUUUAUAUGUCAAUUUAUGUCAUUAAGAAGUAAUACAAGUAUCAAUGAAAAAAAUGUACAGAAACAUAAUAAAGAACAACAAUUGAUUGAUCAAUUAAUUAAUGGUUUCACUAUAGAUGAUAUCAAUCAACCACCAUCAUUAAUAAUCAAUCCUAAUUCUGGUAGUUUAUUACCAAAUGAAAAAUUAACAUGUACAAUUACAUUUCAGUUACCAAAGCAACUAAAUGUAUUAAGUGUAAAUCAUUUAAAAUUAUAUAAUUUACUUGGUAUUUGUUUUAUAAUACGUGAUGGUCCUAUUUAUGGUAUUAAAUUAUUAGGUUCAAUCAAAAAACAAAUGAUACAAUUUUCUGAAACUUCUAUUGAUUUCGGUUCACAAUUCAUUAUGCAAUCCGGUCUUAAACCAUCUAUACGUUAUUUAUAUAUUAGUAAUAAUGAUAUAAAACAAGAAUUAAGUAUUGAAUGUAUUACAAAAUCAUCAAAAAUAUUCUCUUAUAAUUUUAUACCAACAAUUUUACCAAAGAAAGAACAACAAGAAACUAUUGGAUCCAAUUCAAAUAUUCUAUGUUUACCAAUAUACUUUUAUCCAUAUCAUGAUCAGUUCUAUAAAGAAACAAUAAUAUUUGAAAUUAAUGGUUGUAGUCAAUAUACAAUUAAUUUAUUAGGUAAAGGAUGUGAAUUAAUCAUUGAACCAAAAGUAUAUCCAUUAUUGAUAAUGAAUAAAACUAAGAAAGGUCUUACAAAAAUCACUCAAUUCAAUGAUGAAGAUGAAUUCAUUCAUAAUAAAAGAUGUAUCAAUUUAGGUUAUUUAAAAACUGGUCAAAUAUCACGACGAUUUAUUAGUUUAAUUAAUAAAAGUUCUGCACCAAUAUGUCUACAUCAAAUCCAUUUGAAUCAACCACAAUCUAAUAAUAAUAAUAAUAAUAAUGAGAAUAAAUCUAAUUCAAUUCAUAUACAAUUUUGUAAAUCAAUUUCUAUGAAUAAACCAUUCAAUAAUUUUGGACCGAUCAAAGAAAUUAUGACACCAAUCAUUAUUCCAUCAAAUGGUGGGGAAAUAAUGAUCAUGUUAAGUUUAACAUCAAAUUAUCGAUUAUCUAAAUUUACUGAAGAAGUUCUAUGUGAGAUUUCACGUGUAGAUCAAAAUGAUAAAAAUAUAAUUCAAUUGUCUAAGAAUCAAAUAAACACUACUAUAACUAUUAAUAGUAACCAUAGAAAUAAAGAAGAAAUGAUUUCAAAUCUACAAGAGAAUACUAAUAUGUUUUUACCAGUAUUUUCAAUAUAUGGUGCUGUGAAUACAUAUGAUAUUAAUUUUAAUACAGAAUCAAUUAAUUUUGGUUCAGUUGUACGUGGUAGUCAAUUAAGUAGACGUUUAGUUUUAAUGAAUACCGGUGAUUAUAAUACAAAAUUCGAAUGGGAUAAAUCAACUUUCACAUCGGAUUUAACUAUAGAACCAAUGAAUGGAUCCAUUGGUCCAGGACUAGAAGUAACAUUUAUUUUAACUCUUAAACCAAGUAAAUUAACACGUGAAAUACGAAUAGAUGUAAGUAAAUGAACUUGCUUAUUUAUUUUCUAUAUGGACAUAGAACGAUAGGUUUUUACGCUGCCUAACCUGGUGAUUGCUACAAGAAACUUAGUACAUAACUGUUACACACUAUUCAUCAUACAUUAUAUAGAGAUCAUUUUGAUUGAACAAAGAACUAAUAAAAC